AGCUGCGUAGGUUCAUUAAUUAUGAUCGCUGCUUAUAACUCAUUGAAUGAGCAACAACGUUUCGACGAGGUUCGGCUGGUUGAUGACGUCACAGAUACGUCACAUGACACGCCCCUCGUUGAUAAGAAACAUCAUGGAAUUAUGUGCAUUGUGUUGAAGAAACUUCAUCUUAAGAAGAAGUAUAAAGAAUCCGAAAUUUCGGCAAAAACAAAGUCACAAAAGAAGAAACCGUUUUGGAGGAAAGCGGAUAAAAGCGGAAAUGACGAAAAGAUGACGCAUAAUGAUAAAGAUCGUUUAAUCGGAGAGAGUAAAGAGUCCCUACCUCACCUAAACGCGGAUGAAUAUACAUACCGCGGCAAACGCGUCGAUUUCGCACAACUUCCGGACAAAUACGAACUUCUAGAAGAAAACGUUUGUGACGUCAUAUCGAGUUUUAACGAUUCUGGAAUCCACGAUGAAUCGGUUUGUUCCUCUGAUGACGAAGAAAGAACUGACGACGUCACCAGAUUACAUAAUGACGUUAAACAACGAACGUUUGGUGAUUACGUAUCAAAGCAAUGGAAGGGAAGGAGAGCAAAAAGAACAAGAAAGGCUAUACGAAGAACCGGUCGAAAUGUUAUUAAAGCUUUGCAAGUCGGGUUCCAAACUCCUUUCUCGUUUAUGGACGCGUCGUCAUUGGCAACAGCAUACCAUGGCAACCGUGGUAGAUGAAACACAGAUAUCUUAAGAUAUGUUUAAUUCUAUGGAUGGUGCAUAACGUAUUGAUACGCGCAUGAGUUGAUUCGUAUACGAAUCUAUUAUGAACAUGCAAACACGCAGUUGCAGGUUGACUGUGUGUAGAUUGAUGUUACACAAUAUAUGCGGCAUUGCAAUUAUAUCAUUUAAUUGUUUGGAGUGAUUUGAACUGUUAUUAAAGCAAUUCUAUUA